AUGUCUGGUCACCAUCACCACAAUCAUUGCCAUGGAGAGGAUGGUCAUGAUCAUUCAAAUGAUAUCACCCCGGCCAUUCAGUCCCUCCUCUACUCUCAAAUUCAAUUUGAUUCAAUCAUUACACUAAAUGAAGCGGCCCCCGACUCCGGGGCAGCGAUUGUCCAGAAGACAUGGUCCGAAAGGCUGAAUGACCAGCCAGAACUCGACAGCGAUGCGGAUGAGCAACUCCUUAUGUAUAUCCCUUUCACUGGCCAAGUUAAGGUUCACUCUUUACUCAUCCACACGGCACCCACACCGUCCGCCCCCAAAACUUUGAAACUGUUCAAGAAUCGUGACGAUCUAGACUUUGCCACUGCUUCGGAGCUCAAACCGACACAGUUGGUAGAGAUACCGCGGCCAGUUCCGGGUGCCGACGUGUUCGAAUUACCAUUGAAUCGCGCUCAUUGGAACGCUACCACCUCCAUCACCCUAUUCUUCGAAGACAACUGGAGUGAUGGGGAGGAGGAUGUGACCAAGGUUGGUUAUGUUGGAUUCAAGGGUCAGUUUAUGGCUUUGAACCGAGAGCCUGUCAGCUUUCUCUACGAAGCAGCAGCGAACCCCAGUGACCACGUCGUGAUUCAAGGCGUAAAUGACGUGGGAGGUAGGAUUAUGCCCGGCCAGUGA